AUGAUUUACGAAUUGCGAAUCUACGAUACCCUUCCCGGCCGUCUUCCGGCCCUCAACGAGCGCUUCGCCAACCACACCGUGGGGUUCUUCAAAAAGCACAACAUCAACGUGGUUGGAUUCUGGACCGAGGACAUCGGAACCAGCAACCGGCUGGUCUAUAUGCUGGGCUACGACAGCCUGGCUGACCGCGAAGCGAAGUGGAGCGCCUUCCAGGCCGAUCCCGGCUGGCACAAGGUAAGGGCGGAAUCGGAAGUGGAUGGACCAAUUAAUGCGCUGGUCCGCAACAUGAUUCUGCGGCCCACUGACUACUCCCCGAUGCAGUAG